AUGGCGGCAAACUUUUUUAACAAUAAAGCCCGCGCUGCGGCUGCUUCUGCGGCCAAAAGCAAUGUAACCAACAACCAGGACUCCGACCAGCAGGCCCAACCGUGGGUUGAGAAAUAUCGACCGAAGACUCUCGAUGAUGUGACAGCUCAAGACCACACAAUCUCUGUUCUCCAGCGAAAUCUUCAUGCUUCAAAUCUUCCACAUAUGCUUUUCUAUGGGUCUCCAGGCACUGGAAAGACCUCAACCAUCCUUGCCAUGUCCAAAUCCCUCUUUGGGCCUGCUCUUGUCCGCUCGAGAGUCCUUGAGCUCAACGCCUCGGAUGAGCGUGGGAUAAACAUUGUUCGUGAAAAGAUUAAAGAUUUUGCUCGAAUGCACCUAUCCCAACCCCCACCAGACCCAGCCUACCGCUCGCAAUAUCCUUGCCCGCCGUUCAAAAUCAUCAUUCUCGAUGAAGCAGAUAGUAUGACACACGACGCACAAUCUGCGCUUCGCCGAACCAUGGAGAAGUACAGCCGCAUUACUCGAUUCUGUCUCGUAUGCAAUUAUGUCACCAGAAUAAUCGAUCCUGUGGCGAGUAGAUGCAGCAAAUUCCGGUUCAAAGUACUAGAUGGUUCUGCUGCCCAAAACCGGCUGGUUGAGAUUGCAAGAAUGGAGAAACUAGACUUGGAGGAUAAUGUUGUUGAGACCCUCCUUCGAUGCAGCGAUGGUGACCUGCGAAAGGCUAUAACAUUUAUGCAGAGCUCCGCAAGACUGGCCCGCUAUGGCUCAGGGAAAAAAAAGGACACGUCUGAUAAGGAGAUGGAACUUGAUGAUACCAAACCCAGGAUUACGGUCAGAAGUAUUGAAGAAGUAUCUGGCUUAGUUCCAGAAACUGUUAUGCAACAAGUUAUUGCGGCUCUUCGCCCCAACAAGCGUACCUCAAAUUACGAGCAAAUCUCAAAUCUCGUAGCUGACCUGGUGGCUGAUGGAUGGAGUGCCUCUCAGGUCCUGUCACAGACAUACCAAGCAGUACUUCAAGAUGAAUCUAUUUCAGAUGCACAUAAGAAUCAGAUAUUGAAGGUCUGCUCCGAGUUUGAUAAGCGGUUAGUAGAUGGGGCUGAUGAGCACCUUUCGACUCUGGAUUUCAUGUUACAAAUAUCGGGCAUAAUACAGUCCAUUUAG